AUGGCCAUCUUUGUAGAUUCAUGGCUCUUCGUCUUUUCGGGUGGUGUCAUCGUCAGCGGUGUUGGAAUGUCCACCAAUACCGCUGCUUGUCUGUCCGGCAUCUACAUGUGCAUCUUUUUUUAUGCAUCCAGCAAGAUGCUCAUCUACGUGUUUCUCGCUGAUAAGGCACGUUCUUCGUCCCCGCCGCGCCAAUCCACCCACCCACCUUUGUGUACCUCGGCCUUGCGCCAUUCCGUUGAUUCUCUCAAACUGAUCAAGCCACAUCAGGUCCAUGUUGUUUGGAGUGCUCAGAACCCCGUCGGCGGGAGGUCACGCAUCUGGAUUGUCUGCGCCGUCGUGCUUCUCUUCUACGUCGUCAUAUUCAUCCUCAUGCUGGUCGCAAAGAUUGGCUACAUUCGUCCCGACAGGAUGUGCGUGAUUGGCUUGCGGAAUAUUGCUUCCAUCCCGCUUCUCACCUACGAUGUCUUCCUCAACAUCUUUCUGACUUCCAUGUUCGUCUGGCCGCUGCUGAAGAGGCGGCUUGCAAAUCCAAAGCUGAGGGCCCUUGCGAAGCGCACCUGCAUCGCCGCGACCGUUGCCCUUGGCACGUCAGUCGUCAAUAUUCUCAUCUUGACUCUUCUGCACGGCAAACAGCUCGGGUGGGUCUGUCUUGCCUCUUGUGGGUUUGACGUAACUGUCAAUGCCCUGGUCAUCUUCUCCAUUUCCCGCGCAUCGCAGUCUUUGACCUCGAGUCAUAACACACUCACGCAAUACUCCGUCCGUGCACCUGUGCUCACGAACCACACCAUGUCGACGACGAGUGUAUUCGAUGGAGAAGGUGGAAACCCCGGAGGCGCCAACAGGUCCAAGGAUCCAAACCGGAUCCUAGGAAUAAAGGGAUCCAUACCAUUUCCCCAUAAUGGUUCUGUGCAGUUCCGGGGAGGUCAGAAGGGUGCAGAAGCUGGAGUUCCGACUCCAGGCCUACGCACCAAGCAGCAACCUCUUGAGGUUAAAACUAGUCCGAAACGUGGGCUGACCAGUCCUCCCCCUCCCCGAGGGCAAUCCUCUGGACGGCCGGGCUCGAGUGGCAAACCCAAGUACCCACCGACGGCUAUGAUCCACUGGAAGAAGAAUAGUCGUGAUGAGACGGGCACUCGGAGCGAGCACGUGGGGAGCAACUUUCAAAGUCUCUCAAAGAUUGGGGACUUUGCCGCAACGAGAGACGAUGGUCAGGGAGAGCAUGCGAUUACACAUCGUGGCUCGGGAGACAUUGAGAUCAACAUCUACGAAGACGACGAGGAAAAUGCACUUUCAUCCCCAACAUAUGGCAACAGUGUGUCGUACAGCAAGAAAAGCGUUGAAGGCGAUCCAGCGGUCACGUCUUAUGACUGGAAUCAGCGGAACCUUCAUAUAGCCAGCGUAACCGACGUCUCGCCUUGUGUGUCGCUCAGCGCUGUAAGAGCGGAAGGUAUUACCAGUAAACGGCCACGUACGGCACCUACGACACUCCCAAGCUCCACUCUUAGCACUGAGGAAAACGUGAACGAAGGUGAAGGGAGGAAACGAACUCGCCUUUCCUCUCUCGUCCCCCGUUUGAACCGACUCAGCCACGCUAUUCUUGGACACCAUCAGCCAACAGACGAAGAAGUGCCGCAGUCGUCACCAUCCUCCACCCCACCAAGAUCUGGCAAGAGGAAGAGCGAGGCGAGUGCGACUAGUGACAAGGAAAAGACACGCAAGCGAGCGUCGAGGUCGAGUAGCUUUGAAGCGUUGAAGGAUGCGGAAGACUUGUUCUUCCGUCCUGAAGCUGAUAAAAACGAUACCUCGUUGCAGCAAGAUCAUCCGGUGCAGGAGGUGGUCUAUCCUCCGUCACCCGCGCACUUGGCUGGACAGGCUAGGAGCCAUGGGACGUAG